GGCAGCUGUAAGUGCCCCUGCCAUUAUAAGUAUUCUUUAGUGUUGAUAAAUGUCAAACAGGUUUUAUUGAAAAAAUUAAAUAUAUUCCGUGAAAAAGUUAUUUCAGGCACCUAAAUACUUGCCUUAGCGACAUGAAAAUCGUAUUUAGCUAGUCUUGCUUUCGCAUCGAUUGUGAAGAUCACCAAAGUGCCUAAAACUUGUUUUGAACUUUGAUUUGGAAGAUGAAAAAAUCACAAAGGUAUUUUUGCGAGAAGAAUAACUUGUAUAGCAGACAAGGAGAAUAUUGAUUUCUCUGGAAAGAAAAAAAAGUGAACACUGUUUUGAAUAAUUAUCUCAAGGCAAUACGAAUAGCGAAUCUGAUGGUUUUAUUUCUCGGCCAAAUUGAUAUGGUAAUUUAUUAUAGAAAUGAGUUCAAAAAGCGGAAAUGUGCCCUCCGCUUCACGAAAUCCAGCUUAUAAUGCUGCGGCACUGGAGAAAAUAAAAAAUGACUUGAAAUCGUAUGAAGCAGGGCACGGUAUACUACAGGGCUCAACUUCAAAGCUAACCCGAAAGACAAGCAUCGAAAGAGAAAUUCCUCAAUCUUCAUUACAUUUACCACGUAACAGCCCUGCACUAGAUUCGGGAGCUGGGAGUUCACGUUCGAACAGUCCACAUUCACAGCAACAACUGGGAAAUGGAAGAACCCAAUAUUCACCAUCUCCGUGCCCUUCAAACUUUAGCGAUGUGCCACCUUUGCCGCCGCCUAGAUGCCCUUCUACGCCAUCAACACCACCCCCUUUACAACAAUUUUUAAAGCGAAUGUCACCGGCUUCCGUACCAACUUCUCGAAAUGGACAAUUUCAAUCUCAAAGUCCGGCCCGUGGAACUUCUCCAAUUUCCGGAAACACGAACAUGAGACAGCCGGUUAUUGUUCAAAAUGGGCCACAAGUUCAACAGCAGUUGAAUCAGCAAAUGUCUGCCUUUUACUCUAAUGGAACAACAGAACCUCCACCGCCGUAUCCAAUAUCCCCGAUUAGUCAAGUUGCUCCUCCAACCUACAUGCAUUCGAUGCAAUGCAGACAAAGCCCUACACAGUCGCAAGAUUAUAGGAAGAGUCCUAGUUCCGGAAUAUACUCGAGUGCCUCGGCUGGAUCACCAUCUCCAGUUACUGUUACGCAGAAUAUUGCAUGUAGCAACACGAUGACAAAACCUAUCGCGUUGCCCCCGGCCCGGGGUGCCCGUCAAACCAAUACGCAACAUCCGAUAAUCAUGCACUCGGUCAAAUCUACUCAAGUUCAAAAACCAAUCCUGCAAACGGCUGUUGCCCCUGCUUCUCCAACCACGGGAUCCAGCUCAGUCGGUAGUUCAGCGAAUCAAUCCGUUGCACCUCCGCCACCAUCCUACGCUAUUUCGGUCCAGCAAAAGAAGAUUAACAAAAAAACUGUGAAUGUUUUGCCCAACCAACCUCAGAUAUCUGUUACAAGUAGCAGUCGAUCAGGUAUGUCGCUAGCCUGUGGGCCGGGCGCUGCCAAUUUGGGUAGCUCGUCUUCGACAGAUGAAAGGGCAAUGAAUUCGAAUAACGGCACGGACCCCCCUUCAUAUGACACUACAAUGAUAUUGAAACAAAAGCAACCCACGCAACGUAAUAUGCAUCCUCCACCGCCUUAUUCCGAUGGAAACAGUGCCUUUAGCAUCAGUAACUCUAACGAUAAUUACGAUGUACAUGAAUCAAAUGUCAGUAAUGUACAUAAUAUUUGUAACAAUAAUCUCAAUAUUUUGAAACAUGCUAACAAUAACAAUAGUCAAUGUCAUAGCUUCGUAAUGAACAAUAAGAGCAAUAACAUAAAUAAUAACACGAAAAAUUAUAACAACUUAAAUGUGACAACUAAUGUAGAUAGCAAUAGUAAUAAUAAUGAUGAUUCUGGUGAUAAAGUAGAAUGUGAUGGCAAAAACAAAAACGACAAUAUAAUUUAUGGCGUUUCGGCCAGUCAGAAGCUAUACGAACCAUGCAAAAAGAAUGUGAUGAAAAGUGGUAAUGGCACGAAACAUGCAAAUUUACCUCCAAAUGGUAUUACGUCCAAUCGUUUACACAAUACUCCGGCGAAUCUAGAUCCUAACGCUAAAAACGAUGCGAAGCAUGGGUAUCGGGCAAACGGUAAACCGAGUUGUAAUGUUGAAUCCAACAACUCUGAAGAGCACGAACCGUCUGCAGCUGUGAAGAAAGAAACACAAGGGGAGCCGUCGAGGAAAAUCAAACAUCAAUCACCAAUCCCGGAGCGAAAAGUAAUCUCUAAAGAAAGGGAAGCAGAGCGGUUCGAAUGCAAAGUUCGUCAUUACUCACCGCAGGCUUAUAAAUUCUUCAUGGAACAACACAUCGAGAAUGUACUGAAAUCAUACACUCAGCGGAAUUUCCGAAUAAAACAACUUGAAAGUGAAAUGUCGAAACUGGAUCUUCCGGAGGAAACGAAAAUUGAAAUGCGCAAACUACUUUGUCAAAAGGAGAGCAACUACAUCCGUUUAAAGCGAGCUAAGAUGGAUAAAUCUAUGUUCGCACGCAUAAAAACAAUUGGAAUAGGGGCGUUCGGAGAAGUUACACUCGUGAAAAAAAUCGACACACCGAACCAUUUGUAUGCUAUGAAGACAUUGCGAAAGGCAGAUGUUCUUAAGAGAAACCAGGUGGCUCACGUUAAAGCCGAAAGGGACAUCCUGGCGGAAGCCGACAACGAAUGGGUAGUUAAGCUUUAUUAUAGCUUCCAAGAUAAGGAUAACUUAUACUUCGUAAUGGAUUACAUACCAGGGGGGGAUUUGAUGUCGCUCUUGAUUAAAAAGGGAGUAUUCGAAGAAGAUUUGGCCAGAUUUUAUGUAGCAGAACUAACUUGUGCUAUUGAUAGCGUUCAUAAAAUGGGAUUUAUUCACAGAGAUAUUAAACCCGACAACGUACUGAUAGAUAGAAAGGGUCACAUCAAGUUGACUGAUUUUGGGCUUUGCACUGGUUUUCGAUGGACGCACGAUUCCAAAUACUAUCAGAAAAAUGGUGAUCAUGCUCGACAGGAUUCUAUGGAAGCAUGGAGUAAGGCUGGUACGGAAAUUCCCCCGCCUCUUGAAAGACGCAAGUUCAGAGAAAAGAAUCGCGCGAAAGCUCAUUCAAUUGUUGGCACUCCGAAUUACAUUGCGCCGGAAGUUUUGCUGCGAAGCGGAUAUACUCAACUUUGCGACUGGUGGAGUGUGGGAGUCAUUUUAUAUGAAAUGCUGGUCGGUCAACCUCCAUUCCUUGCAAACACAGCAGAAGAAACACAGAUCAAGGUCAUAAAUUGGAGACAAACGUUACGUAUACCAGUGGAAGCGCAGCUUUCGCCGGAAUCACAAGACAUCAUUCUACGGCUCUGCAAAAACGAAGAUGAACGCAUCGGAAGAAACGUCGAGGAGAUCAAAUCGCAUCUUUUCUUCCGGAACAUUGAUUUUACGAAAGAUUUACGAAGUCAGCCAGCGCCGUAUGAACCAAAAAUCAAAUACCCCACUGAUACGUCUAACUUUGACCCAAUUGAUCCAGCGAAGCUUCACGACUCAUCAUGCGAAGAAACCGGACACAGCUUCGAUGAACUGUUCGACAGCAGCAAACCUUUCCAUCACGGAUUCUUUGAAUUCACCUUCCGGAGGUUUUUCGAUGAUGAAGGAGACCAUAAAAUCUCACUUGAUGCCAAUGACAGUCAAACUGAAGCUAUAUAUGUAUGAACAAACAUUUAAACGGAGUACUAAUAUUCUAAAAAAUAUAGCUGUUUUAGUGCAAAAUUAUAGUGUGAUUUUAAAAAGAGAGAUAUAUACUCUGUGUAAAUAAAUUGA